CAUCCUCCAGUAGGCAACGUCCUCAUCCCCGUCUCGCCCCGCCUACACAAAGUACACCCAUCGGUAGACGCGCAUCGCAUCGCAUCGCUCACCGCUUCACCGAGCGCAACUGUGCACAUCAUCAGCGCUGAUCUAGCAGAGGUCGAUCUUGAGCGGGUGGGGGAUACGAUGCAGGAGCAAGUGGGAGAGGUGGAUGCCGCGAUGGAUGAUGCGAGCAGCAUGGUGGGUGACGGAGAGCAGAAGGAGGAGGAGGAGACAGCGCUUGCGAAUAGCGCACCUGCCACCGCACUCGACACGCUGUCGCCGAUCGAUCACCAUCGACUCCUACACGCCACACUCGCUGAGCUGCAAAGCGCUCCAUACGCCGAGGAAGCGCUGCAAAAGCUCUCGCAUCAACUCAAUCAAGCACGCUCAUCGCACACGCUCUCUCAUUCGCUCACUCAACUCCACAAUGCUCUCUCUGUGCAUCACUUCUUGCGCACUUCCGAUACCGAGACUAUUCAAGGCUGGAAAGAUGUCCUCUCGACGCACAGCCAAGCCACGUUCAACUCGGGCGGAAGCGCUCUCUUUGCGCCUGCAUUUGUGGCAGCGUCUAGCUUGGUGCUCGCAGGUAAUGUGGAAGAUUCCGGUCGUCAUUUGGACUUUUUCGAGGAUCCCGGCGAGGAAGAGGAAGAGGAGGAGGAAGAGCACAGCAACGCGCAAGAUUACAUCGAGCAUGCGUUGAUGAGGCUUUAUGGGCGUGCGCGCGUGCCUGCGACCGACCACGCGCGAUGCCUGCCCAUCGAGACGGAUCCCAUCGCGCGCUGGACCGCAGCCCGAUCGGACGUCACCUAUCAUCCAUCCGGCGCUUACUCGAGCAGCACCCUGCGUGCAGUGACUGACAAAUUGUACGUCUCUCUCGACGCCUCGCGUUAUGAUCAGCAGCAGGAUGACGGCGACAAUCAGGCGCACCAGGAGUACAAGCAUCUACUCUCAGAAGACAGCACGAGGGAGUUUUUGAGGGAAAUGUGGAGCAGGGCUAGUGCAGACGUCAAGCAUUCCCAAACCCUCUUCAACUUCUACCUCACAUUCGAAAAGUUCCAGUUGCGCAUCGAUCGAGAUCGUCGUCGUCGAGCGCUUAAAGCGGCUACGCAAUAUGCGCAGGUGACGUACUCGCAGGAGAGACUGGAGAGCGUACAGAAAAUUUACUUGACAAGGUUGAGGAGCUGCCAUACGGAUCUGGACCAGACUUUCGCAUCCUACACGCGCUUCGUGUCGCUCUACAUGCCAGCGAACGCCUACGAGGCAUCUCUGUCCGAAGCCACAUCGCAAAUGUCCCGCGCCAAAGCGCUACUCGUCGAGCUGGAGCCUCUGGAACGCACCAUCACCUCGGUCGAGGAGAGGUAUUGGGCAGCUCUGCGAGUCGUCUUGCAGCUACCUCGAAACGUUCCCGACGCCUCGACGCUAGGAAAGAAGGCGGACGCAAAUCGCAUCCAGAGCGCCAUUCAGGAAUUAGCGAAUGCGCUAGAAGGUGUGGCGCAAGGCUGGAAGGCUUAUCUGGACAGGCUCGACAAGAUCAACAGCUCGGCAAACACGCAAUCUUCCGGAUCCAAAUCCAAAAAGGAGAAGCAAGCAGCUGCAGCGGCAGGGCGGGAAAUGACGGUGCUUCAAGUGCCUACGGAGACGCUGCAUGCAACGCUAGAGAGAUCCCUGAUCGUGCUGGGCUUGCCGCCCGCGCUCAGCGGCGUGUUCAACGAGCAGCCGCCGACGCCGCAGUGGGAGAGCUGGAACAAGAACUUGGGAAGGGUGCUGGGAAAGAGUGAGAAUAAAAAUGUCAGACGAUUGUUGGAUGCGCUCAGGGCGGAAAUGUGGAACAAGGCCAAGAAAUGCUGGGUCGAAGCGGUUUGGACCUUGAGUCGACCGAGAAUCUCCCCACUACUGGCUCAAUCGUUGAUAGCUCGGGCGGUCAAGGCUCUUCCGCUCUCGGGCGAGCUUUGGGCAAUCCAGCUUCGUCAGUUUGCCUCCUCGCGAUCGCGCGUGCAGGUGGAAGAGACAUUCUCCAAAGUCUUUGAUGGCGGCUUGUUCUUGUCCGUGCCGGGCAAUGCAGCUGCAAAGGGAGAAGGGGAAGGUGGCAUAGAAGCUACGAUUCAGCUCGUACUGGGCAGGAUGGAUGCGGAGAGAGAGCUUUUGGCGGUGGAUCUGGCUAGCGAGAGGGGAACGACGGUGCAAGAGGCUUUGGCGAAGAGUAUGCUGUGGAGCGAUACCGAUCGUUGGUCCAUCCUCUACGGCCUCUUGAUGUACUACCACGCCAUCAUUCGUCAACAACAACAAGCGCAGGAAGGAGGGGGAGCAGCAGGCUUGCUGGAAAAGGACGAAGCAUUGAGACUGGAAAGGCUCGCUACGGAGUAUUGUCUGAUUGGACAAGGCACGGAAACGCUAGCGGAAGAGAUUUGGCAAGACGCCUUGCUCGAUCAACCCAACAAUGUCGCCGUUUGGUCCCACGCUGCCGAGUGCAGAGCUCGCGUGGGAGACGUCAAGAAGGCUAGAAGCACGUACAAGAUGGCCCUCGCUAGGAACUUUGGAGGAGAGAGGGAAAAGGAAAAAUUGGAGUUGAUGGAGGAGUGGAAUAGAUUUGAAAUGUGCUUUGGAACGGUGCAGGAGAUCGAGGUGGUCAAGGCGAGAAUCAGACAGCAGAGGGAAGUGGUGUGGAAAGCUUGGUACGAAUACGCGCAAUAUCAGGGCACAAACUAUGCGCAGACCUCGACGCACAACGUGCAAGGGCACGACGAUGCUGCGGCACCCGACGCUAAUAGCCAUGCGGAUGGCGCAGGCCGAAAACGCAAAGCGGAGGAUGAGGAUGCGGGGAUGGAUGUGGAUGCGGCUGGUCCUUCGAGCGUGGCUGGACAGGCGACAACUGGCUCGCCUUCCAGACCUGGUGCGCCUCAGUCCACUUCGAGCGGUCGAGAUCGAGAGAACAGUUCAGUCAUCGUCUCCAACUUGCCCCUGGAUUGCACGUCCGCAGAGCUGGUUCGCUUUUUCCGCACGUGCGGCGAAUUGCUCGAUCCUGAUCUUCUUCCUCGACCUCUUCCAUCCGGCACAUCGGGCGGACCGACGAGCGCUGCGGCCAUGGUCGAGUUUGUCGAUCGUUCGAGCGUGCCUGCAGCCCGCACGAGGGAUCGAAAGCUGAUAGGAUCGAACGAGGUCAGGGUCAGUCUUGGAUGGGAGUGCACGCUCUUUGUCACAAACUUUGAAGAGGGAACGACGGAUGAGCAGAUCAAGGCUGCAUUUGAAAAGUUUGGAGAAAUCUACGAGGUCAGAUGGCCCAGUAGACGCAUCAAGGCCAGUCGGAGAUUUUGUUACGUCGUCUACGCUGUGCCGGAACACGCCGAAGCUGCCCUUGCACUCAACGAUCAGCCGUUGAAUUCGAACCAAUCAUCAGCGGUACAAGUCUUGAUAUCGGACCCCGCACGUAAAGCGCAACGUACAGAUGCCCACGCCGACAAGUGCGAGCUCUUCAUCACCGGACUUCCUCGCGCCGCUACCGAUGAGCAAGUCAAGGCGCUGUUCACGCCGUUCGGAGAAGUGACGGGCGUGCGGGUGCUCAGAGGUCCAAAUGGCAAACCAAAAGGCUUGGCUUUUGUGGAUUACAAGAACGUCUUGGAUGCUCAUCAAGCCGUCGCUGUCCUUUCAAAGCUGGAGGAAGAUGGUCAGCCAAACGCGCGCAUCAAUGGCAAACCCAUUCAAGUCUCUUUGGCCAAAGCUGCUGCAUCAUCGACGGGCAAUGCGCUUUCCAAGAGGCUCACGCCUGAACAGUGCGCUGCUGCUGUCAAGGUGCGACACCUACCCUUUGACGCGCAAGAGGCCAAGAUUCAACAAUUGUUCGAGAAUGUUGCGGGUGGAGUGGGAAGCAUCAGCAAGGUGAAUUGGACUCCCGGAGCGGAAGGUCAAGGGAAGGCCGUCGUCGUUUGCAAAGAUGCGCAGGUGCGUUUGGUCGAUCACCACAUGCGCUGCUCGAUUGCCCUUUCGCACUCACUCUCUGCGCCUUGCUUUUCAGACUGCGGGCUUGCUUGCUCUGCGAAGCACAUUGCUCUACGAUGGACGACCGAUCGAAUUUGUGCCGCUUGGAGCUGAUUUCGGAACAACGCAGACGUCUGGCAAAUCGCCCUUGUCAGCAGCAGCCCGACCUUUGCCGUCGGACAACGACGCGCCGCAAUCCUUUGCACCGCGAGCAGCUCUGGGAUUCGCUAGCAGAGCUCGCGGCAGGGGCCGAGGUGGCGUCGGCUUUGGUGCAGCGAGUGCGA